CCCCCACACUCAGAAGAAUAAGACGAGACAAUAGAACAAGACAAUACAGUAUUAUAUCUGCUCCGUCAGCUACUACAAUGGACACACCCAGCGCCUCGCAGCAGCCGUCGCUGGUGUCCACGCCCUCGUUCGAGACCGCAAGCAUCACCAGCAGACGGUCCCACGCCCACUCCGACACCUCCAGCAUAGCAGGCAGCUCCACGAAAGCGGUCAACCUCUCGGUCCUGUGUCCGACCUGCUCGACCUCGAUUGCGGUUGACCUGCCGUUUUUGAUGAUGCCGGAUAGGGCGGAGGAUAUGUCGCCUGCCUCGGGGGAUGAUGAGCAGGGUGGAAGUGAUUCGUGGAGCGAGGACGAGAGCUCGAGUACUUCUUCAGACUCGGAAGUUGCUGAGGAUAGUGCGCCCGCUGCGUACGAAAAUACGUCAGACGACGACGAGCAGUUCCGACAAAUGAAGCGGCAUCAGAGAAAAGCGAGGGCGAAAGCGCUACGGAAGAGAAAGUAUCAGGCAAAGAAAGACCUCGUCCGCGAGCUCCAGAAAAAAGUCGAGCAGCUCUCGAUCCAACUCUCCGCCUCCUCCGGCCGGGCGAAUACGCUGCAAGGCCAACUAGACCAGGCAAAGCGGAAAUCGAGCUCCCUACGGCUGUCGUCGAUAGCGGGUAUCGCGCCCCCGCAGAUUUCACAAACAACCCCGACCGCCAUGUUUUCGUCCCCGACCCGGCGCGAUUCGUCGGCAAGUAUAGAGUCCGCGCUGUCAAAGUCGCAGUCUGCGGUCUCUGUCCAGCAAUAUCAGCGCCAACAACAGCAACAGCAGCAGCAACAGCAGCAGCAGCAGCAGCAACAGCUCAUAAAACAAUCCCCCAAACUACCCCCCGACUCCUCCGGAAUAAUAGGCCGUACGCUCUCCCUUGCUCGCUCAGUCUCUUACAUCCCCUUCUCCUCCGCGCUAAUGGCGACCACUCUCCUCCCUACAGGCUACUCCGGCUUGGUCCCUAGCUUCCCUUUGAUUUCUUCUUCGCCUGAGACCAACCCCACCGCCGCCGCAAACAACAACAAUAUGCUCUCGACGUCUUCUUCCUCUUCUACAUCAUCGUCCUCCGACGCAAAGUCAGUCUACACCGCCGCCUCCUCCCUACCCGCGUCCCCCAUCGCCGUCUCCACAACCGACCCCGCGACAACCCAGCUCCUGCAGCGCGAACUCGACCGCCUCAAGCAAUCUGUCCGAAAAGAGCGCGAACUGCGGGAAGCAGCCGAAUUAAAAAACAAGCACGUAAACAGCGAACUCGAAGAACUUUCGCAAUCGCUCUUCGAGGAAGCGAAUCAGAUGGUCGCAGCUGAACGGCGCGAGCGGGCGAAGGUCGAGGAACGGGAGCAGAAGUUGGUGGAGAGGGUGCGGUUGUUGGAGAAUGCGUUUGCGAGGAUUAUGAAGUUGAGGAAGGGGUUUGAUGACGGGGAGGAGGGGGGAGUGGGAAGCGGCAGAAUAUUGCGUUGAGUAUUGAGGAGGUUGCGGAGGAGGUUGUUAGGAGUCGGCAGACUCCUACUCAGUAAUACUCUACAGCAGAAGCUCAUGUUUUAGUAUACUGUAUAUAAAGAUCUACAAAGCUUCUCAUCGAAUUGAAAAAUACUCUUCAUCUCCACAAUAUGAUGCUCCUUCUUCUCUAUUUAGAACAAAAACCGCUCAGUAGCUGUAGAGCAUUCUAGUCGUCAUAUAUACUGUAUAUUAA